AUUGUGGUAUACUACAGUAUACUACCGACAGACUCGCCUAACAGUCGUAUUGCAUUGCCGUAUUGUAUUACAGUUAAAUAAGUAAAAUAACCCCGGCCGGCGUCAAACGCGCUAAUCGGGUGAUAGCGAAAGGAUAUCCAGAGCUGACCAACCAGUUACUAUCCACCUCACGAGUGUAGGUAACAUUUUCUAUUUUUAGUCUGAAUAUUGGUAUAAAGGAGGAGAACAGCCCCGGCAGUAUGCCGCUAUGAAUUCUGUAAUGAUUCCCACUGGGCAGGCUCAUCCUGAUUAUUCUACAUCAUACAUGAAUGAACAGGCAAGUGAUUUUAAUUUCAGGUUUCUCCCUUGGUGUAAUGAAAUGUAUUUCCACAAGUAGUAAAUUUAAGGAUCUACUCACAAAAUUGUAUAAAGGUCCCUUACAAAAAUUUCACAUUCAUGAUUCCACAGUGUUCCAUGGCCAAUUAUCGCUUAUGAAAAGCGCCUUAUUGGAUUCAUUUUCGCCCAAGAGGCAGGCAAUUAAUUUUCACCUCCAAUAUUGGGACUCGACUUCAGUUAUAAUAUUAACCAAACAUUGCUACCUAGUCUGCAGAUCAUUAUAUCCGACAAGAACCGUCCAGCCACAACGUCGCGUUGAAUUCAGCAACAGUGGACUGGUGGCAUGGUCGUUCUGAUCGUUAUGCUGGAUACACAAAUCAAGAGGUAAAGGCUGCUAUCCAGAUAAUUGUGAGGGAUUCCCAGAUGGAAAAUUCUAGUGGAAUUUUUAUACAUUUAUUGGAUCUAAUCAGAAGCCCUCUGGCAGGAAUUGAACCUGCGGCAUUGCGAUUCCGGUGCAGCGCCCAAUACGGAGGUGCAGUGGCCAAUUGUCGAGCUCUAACUUCAUGUUUAUAUAUACUAAGGUGAUGCCAAUGUAAGAAGUAUGGGUGGAUAUCAUGCCGACCUUGUGGUUGAGCUCAAUAACUGCCUCUCUUUAGCUCAGUUGGUUAGAGUGAUGCACCAGCAUCGCAGGGCUGCAGGUUCGAUUCCUGCGCGAGAGGACCUGUAGUUGUAUUUUUUGCAACUGCUUCUAGUUCGGUUUAAUGGACCUUUAACCUUAUAACUAAAAUUUUGAUCUAGACAAGUCUAGACAAAAAUUUCAUCUCAGCUUGAAAGAGCAUCACAAAAUUAGUAAUAUUCCGAAGUUUCGUUGCGAAAUGUUGUAAAAUGUGGAAAAUAUAGCCUUGCGAAAUUUGCAAUUUUCAGUCAUUUUAGAUUACAAACGGGAAAUUGAUACCCACACACCCGAUUUGGGUAUCAAUUUCCCGUUUGUAAUCUAAAAUGACUGAAAAUUGCAAACUUCGCAGGGCUAUAUUAUCCGCGUUUUACAACAUUUCGUAACGAAACUUUGGAAUAUUACUAAUUUUGUGAUGCUCUUUCAAGCUGUGAUGAAAUUUUUGUCUAGAUCAAAAUUUUAGUUAUAAGGUUAAAGGUCCAUUAAAUGUUUAAAAAUUUCACGCGAAUUUUCAUCAUACAUAUCCCUUCAGCAAAUUAGCUAUAUGCCCAAAAAUCCUGCCAUCCAGAUAAGCGUUGCAUGCUCACAUACACGUGCGUUUACGCAAUGACGCACAGAAAUGUUCGAAUACAUGAUCACUUGUCCUUCCGCGGACUCGCACUAUUUUGAGUUCUUUGAAAAACUCACUCGUGCAUGUUAUAUCUAAAUUUCACUCGAAACCAUGCUAUAACCUGGUACUAAACAUUGUAAAAUUUACUUUGUAAUUUCGACUUUGCCUAACAAAAACGUAUUGUGAAAAUUCUUUAACCACAGCAGUUGCUCCUUUUCUUUAUUUUAGGUUUAUUUUCCUCCGUUUUGAAUAGUUUGAAAGACUUUAAUUUAGACUCUUUUUCCCGUUUGAAACUCGGCCUUGUUGGCAAUACGGAAAAUCGUGCCUCGUCAGGAGCCAAUAAAUUUGCGCGAUUUAUCAAAACAAAUGCUUGUCAUAUAAAACAAUAAUUAUUACUAAUAUAUUUUAGAAAGAUUUUAACUUCUCUGUUGGAUAUAUAAAGUAAAAUACUGAAUAUUUUUAUCUGUCCGAGGCCCGUUUUUUCAAUUUCAUCACUACCUAUAUUUAGUAUAAACCUACUAGUAGGCUAAUAGGUUUUGUUUGUGGAAACACCGCGUAAAUUUAUUACUGCAAAGCUUUCGAUCCGUAAGCUUUGCAGUAAUAAAUUUACGUGGUGUUUCCACAAACAAAACCUAUUAUAUUUUAUCACCAUGCAAACAUACAAAGAACUUACUACUAGUAGGCUAUCAUCUAUCGUGCGUCCUGAUUCGCUACGCUACUUGUAGGCUACGAGGGGCGCGAGAGUCAAUGGCCGUUUUUAAGUAUUAAAAGCUGCAUUUAAUGGAAAAAGCUUAUCAAUUAAAAUGGCCUAAUUUUGGUUCUGGAUUACACACACAUGCGGUAAAAUUUUAAAGGUUUUUUGAGCUCGUUGUUUUGAGCAUGAGAGUGACAGGCGAUUUGUUUUAAAUAUAUGCACAAUUAAUGAUUGUUAAUAAUCCAAGCAGAAUCGUUGAAAAUUAACAAUACUUUGUAGCUAUUUACCCCUAUUGUCUCAACCUCUUUAGCGUGUUCUUGUUUUAAGUACGAGUUCGUGUAUUUAGCUAUCAUUUUAAAGAGUUUUUUUCGUUUAAAUGUCCAGAGUUUGGCCGAGUUUGUUUUUCGCCUUUUCGAGCCUUUUUAAUAAGUCGAGUUUUUCGAUUAAAUUUUGAUCUAAACUAUGGUCUAUGUAUACUAGAUUAUGGAAAUGGUUUGCCUAAUUAUGUUCCAGAUAUUUUAAAGAUUUCAACGACAUUCGGAUAAUCGGGUUCUUUUGUGUGUGCAUUUUUAUAUUCGAUAUAAUUUAGUAACAAUUCGGGAAGUCAUUUUGUGUUCGAAAUUUUGGACUUUUUAAGCCUUUUUUCCUUCUUUAAAUUAACCAAAAAUUGCUUGAAUAGCUGUCUCUUACUAUUAUACUGUUUUACGACAUGUUUUUUAACUUUUUUAAAACUCACAAGUUGUAUUUUUCAAGUCAUUCUUGGGAGUUCGCAACACUGAGUAGUUGUCAACAAAGCCGAGGCGAAAUGUCGCCAAAGGAAGCCAAUUAAAGUUUAUUUCGUUAAAAAGUUACUAUUUUACAUAAAAAUCAAGAGAAAAUUCCGUUUUUUUUAUGUGGUUUAUACUAAAAAUAUUAGACAACUCAGCCUCGUUGUCUCUGAGCGAAUAGUCAACUCGGCUUCGCCUCGUUGAGUAUUCCCUCAUAGACAACUUGGCUUCGCUGUCUAAUUCCAGCUUUGGCAGCUUUGCAAUCCGUGCAGCCGUGCAAUCUUGUACUCUGUACAAGUUUUGUUCCAUUGCACACUUUGGUUUUUAUCAAAUUCCAUUCGUCAAAAUCCUAAUCAUGUCGUAAUCGUAGCUCAACAGACAAUACCUGCAUGCCUCCGAUAUUUGGCCUCGACUUGACUUAUAUAAUAUUAACCAUAUAUUACUACAUAUUUAAUUUAGUCUGCAGAUCGCUAUAUCAGACAAGGACCGUCCAGCCAGAACGUCGCGUUGAAUCCAGCAACAAUGGACGCAAGGCAUAGUCACCCUGAUCGUUAUGCUGCAUACGCGAACCACGAGGUAAAGGCCAUGCAGAAUGGCAUCAUCCAUUAACGCGGGAUGUUUCCGUAAUAUCUUGCACGAAAAACCAUUUGGUACUGUACAUUUGUUUUGUAAAAUAACUACAGUGAAACAACGGUUAACCUUUUAAAAAUUUUAAUGUCAGUUAAACGUUUUUAAAAGUUUAAACGGUUAACUGUCAUAACUACAAACAUCAUUAAUAAUUCAUACGCUUAUUGGCAAAUCAUGUCAACCAUAAUAUGUCGCGUGCAGUGGCUUUAAACCUGAUAAAACACUCCUAAGUAAUUAGUAUAUUAGAAUACUAAUUAGGUAGUAUUUAUUGUAGUCGUGUCCUCAUUAGUAUUCUCGAUUAUCUAUUGAAUUUGUAGUCGGGUUUGAAGCCGUUUAUUAAUAAACUCGCAGGUCGUUUUUUAUUAGGUCUAAAGCCACUCGCUAAACAGUACUUUAUGAACUUUUUUGUCAACUUGUCUCUCGUUUAACAUACUGUUAACUUCACUCGUUAAAAUGUUUUCUUUGUCCGGUAUUCAAUUAAUUAAAAAGGCAUCUAGAUAUUUCGUUUAUAUUGAAGGCAUUCAAAUUUAAAAUUCGCGAAGGCAUUUUUAUUUAAAUUGGCCAAUCAAAUUGCCUGUUUCGCUGCAGUUAUUAUGCAAAGGCGCGUUUCUCUCACAGUGCGUGCAUAUCCAAUGACGCACAGAAAUAUUGAAAUUCGUUUAAAUGCUAAAUAGGAUAAUACAAAAUGAAUAUUGUUACUAAUAUAUUUUAGAAAGAUUUCAACUCCUGUGUUGCAUGUAAAAUAUAAUACUGAAUAUUUCGAAUUGCUUGAGGCUCUUUUUUCAAUUUCAUCACUACCAAUACAAAAUUAAGAAUAGACCUUCAAAUUUGUUCAACAGAAACUUUUCUUCUACGAUAUAUAUUGCAACCCUUGCCAACUUAGGCAUGCAUGACAAUCCUUACAGCCGUGCAUAUUUGUGCUACAGAUACGUUUUGUUCCAUUUCACGCUUUGGUUUUAAUUCAAUUCGAUCCGUCAAAAACUUAAUUAUGUCCUAAUUGUAGCUCAUUUAACAAUAUGUUUUAUUGCUGAGAUCAAUGGAAUUAAAGUCAGACACCAUGACGAUAGUAUUGUUAUUAUAUGGCAAUUCGGCAAUUAGUCGUGAACGAUCGCGAAAAUCUGACAUUUCGAGUUUUUACUGGACGACUUCCUGUUAUGAAAAAAAACGUGAGGUUUGAAACAUUUUUAAUUAAUACUACAGAGAUACUACAAGUUGUUUUAUUUGAAACUUGGUAGUUGGAAUGAUACACGUUAUUGUCAAUUCUACAAUAGAAAUCUUGUAAAACAACAGGUGUUCAAAACCGGAAGUGCGGUAAAAUCUGGCAUGGGGUCGCAAAAGGUCCAUGAAAAGCCUACAAUCCCCAAGCGCAGGCAAAGUCAUUGUCUUAAUUCUAUCGUACCACCAAAUGAAGUCACUCAUGCAUACAUACAGUACAUAUAAUAAAAAUUGGUGUCAUUCUUUAGAUUCCAGCUUGGGAAUAUCAACAACAAAAUGAAUCUCGUCAGAUUUCAGUAAAUCAAGCAGGCAUGGCUACUGGACCGAAAUAUUAUUACUACAUGGAUGAAUAACUAGAUAAUAUAAUGGUCACGACAGACCGUUAUCGCAAUUUAAAUUUAAUGAAAUAUAGAUCGACAUCUAAUAGGACUCUGAAGUUAAAUUAAGCACUUUUAUGAAUGUAAACAUAAAACUACGCACGCUUUGUAUUCUCAACGUUAUCUGCCUAUAAUAAUAAAAUAAACCUAAUACUAUAGCUGUAUUAAUUAAGUGCUACACAAGUGUGAUAUUUUAAUUCAGUCAAUUUUGUGUAGAAUCGAUUAGGUACGACGUUGUAUUUGGCUUAUAUUUGUUUAUACCCAGUUCAAAACUAAAGCUUUAGCGAAGCAUAUACAUAGAAUCAGGUAUGCAUGCUCCCAAAAUUUUAGAAGGAAAUCUACA